AUGGCCCUGAUCGUCUUCUACACUCUCAUCUCAGAACAAACACAGCCGACCCCAGGACUUUGCGGUUACUUUUGGUCGCUCUACAUGGCCCAUGGUUAUCUGCUGCGAUGUUUCGCCAGACCAGUUCACCAGGUCAUUCGUCUAACGGGAGACCCCAAGGGUUUUACGGCUAUCUUUGGUUGCCCAUGGCCCAUGAUUGUCUGCUGCGACGCCUCGCCGGACCGGUCUCACGGGACCGCCAUCAACAUGGGCCAUAGUUAA